AUGCUACGCCUGUCGGAGCGGAACAUGAAGCUUCUCUUCGCCGCCGCCCUGGUCGUGGGCUCCGUCUUCUUCCUGCUGUUGCCGGGACCGUCCACGGCCGAUGAGAAGAAGAAGGGGCCCAAAGUCACCGUCAAGGUGUACUUUGAUCUGCGAAUUGGAGAUGAAGAUAUAGGCCGGGUGGUCAUAGGGCUUUUUGGAAAGACUGUUCCAAAAACAGUGGAUAAUUUUGUGGCCUUAGCUACCGGAGAGAAAGGAUUUGGCUACAAAGACAGCAAAUUCCAUCGUGUGAUCAAGGACUUCAUGAUCCAGGGAGGAGACUUCACUCGAGGAGAUGGCACUGGAGGUAAGAGCAUCUACGGCGAACGCUUUCCCGAUGAGAACUUCAAGCUGAAACACUACGGGCCUGGCUGGGUGAGCAUGGCCAAUGCCGGCAAAGACACCAAUGGCUCCCAAUUCUUUAUUACAACGGUCAAGACAGCCUGGCUGGACGGCAAGCACGUAGUGUUCGGCAAGGUUCUAGAGGGCAUGGAGGUAGUACGGAAGGUGGAGAGUACCAAGACGGAUGGUCGGGACAAGCCCCUGAAGGAUGUGAUUAUUGCAGACUGUGGCAAGAUCGAGGUGGAAAAGCCCUUUGCCAUUGCCAAGGAGUAGGGCUCCAGGGACCUCUUCCUCUUGAGCGACUGUGUUUGGCCCUGUUGCCCUCUCCAAGGGUGGUGAAGACAGCCCACCACAGGGCUCUGUGCCACACUGGCCCUAGUGCUGCCAUCUGACAGAGUGGACCCCUCCCCUCACAUUCCACAGGCCCAAUUUUGUAACAAACUUCUACCAACGCUGACCAAUUAAAAAAAAAAGGUGGGUUUUUUUUAUAACCUGUGUGUGGGCUAGGUUCUAUAGCACCCCUGCCCAAGUCUACAUCCCAGCCUGUCUGGGACUCCUGUGGCAAGGGGUGCUUGUCCCUUUCUUGGGCUCCAGCCUGAACCUUUUCCCCAGAUGCUACCCCACACACUGGUGAACUUCUGCUUCUAAACUUUGCCAGCUACUAUGCCUCAACCUUUGCUUGCCCCUCUCGGUGUAGGUGAAGAAAUACACCUGUAUCUUUUCAUA